ACAGCAGCGCUCUGAGAGCCAUGGAGCGCACCGGUGGGCGGCUCGCUUGCUCGACCGUGGGGCUGUGGCUGGGGUUGUUGCUGCUGUGCAGCUGGGGGUUCCCUGGGAGCGCCGAGCCACGGGCCCCGCCGGAGAAUAUCGCGAUUAUUGGAGCUGGCAUUGGUGGCACUUCAGCAGCCUAUUAUCUGCGGCAGAAAUUUGGGAACGAUGUGAAGAUUGACGUGUUUGAAAAAGGAGAGGUGGGGGGCCGUCUGGCCACCGUGACUAUGCAGGGGCAAGAAUAUGAGUCAGGAGGUUCUGUCAUCCAUCCUUUAAAUCUGCACAUGAAGCGUUUUGUCAAGGACCUGGGUCUCUCUGCUGUUCAGAGCCCUAGUGGCCUAGUGGGCGUGUAUAACGGAGAGACUCUGGUAUAUGAGGAGAACAGCUGGUUUAUAAUAAACAUGAUUAAACUAAUUUGGCACUAUGGAUUUCAGUCCCUCCGAAUGCACAUGUGGGUAGAGGAUAUAUUAGACAAGUUUAUGAGGAUCUACCGCUACCAAUCUCAUGACUAUGCCUUCAGUAGCGUAGAAAAGUUACUACAUUCCCUAGGAGGGGACGACUACCUUGGAUUAUUUAACCGAUCACUUCUUGAAACCUUGCAGAAAGCAGGCUUUUCUGAGAAGUUCCUCGAUGAAAUUAUUACUCCUGUCAUGAGGAUCAAUUAUGGCCAAACCAUGGACAUCAAUGGCUUUGUAGGGGCAGUGUCAAUGUCCUGUACUGAUCCUGGCCUUUGGGCAGUAAAAGGUGGCAAUAAACUUGUUUGCUCACGGCUCCUUAAGGCUUCCAAAAGCAAUCUUAUAUCUGGCUCAGUAAUGUCCAUAGAGGAGAAAACAAGGACCAAGCAGACAGGAAAUCCCACAAAGGUGUAUGAAGCGGUCUACCAAACCGGAUCUGAGACCCAUUCAGCCUUCUAUGACAUCGUCCUGCUGGCCACUCCAUUGAAUCGAAAAAUGUCCAAUAUAACUUUUCUCAACUUUGAUCCUCCAAUUGAGGAAUUCCAUCAAUACUACGAACCUUUAGUGACAACUUUAAUUAAGGGGCAGUUGAAUUCAACUGUCUUUACCUCUAGAGCCUUAGAUGAGUUUGAUCUCGGUACAGUCUUAACCACUGAUAAUCCAGAUUUGUUCAUUAACAGCAUUGGGUUUGUGUCUUCUGUAGAAGAAAGUAAUAAUCCUCAACCAAAAGCGGACAGGGCACACGUUUGGAAGAUCUUUUCCGCAGGACCUCUUACUAAAGAACAAAUUUUAAAGCUCUUUGUGUCCUAUGAUUAUGCUGUGAAGCGGUCAUGGCUUGCAUACCCUCAUUAUACGCCUCCAGAGAAAUGCCCUUCCAUCAUACUCCAUGAUCGACUUUAUUACCUCAACGGCAUGGAGGUUGCAGCAAGUGCCAUGGAAAUGAGUGCUGUUGCAGGCUACAAUGCUGCUCUCCUUGCCUAUCACCGCUGGAACGGGCACACACACAUGAUUGACCAAGAGGACUUAUAUGAGAAACUUAAAACUGAACUAUGAAAUAUCACUAUUUCUUUUUUUCCCCUCCUGGUUCCAAAUGGAAUUAUCACUGGCA